AUGCGUUGGCUUGUGGUACUGUUUAUAUGCAGUUUAUAUUCUUUUACAUUUGGUAGAUCUUUCUACCCGUCAAAAAUACCAAAGUGUAGAUUUGGAUAUGACACUGAAUUCUCCAAAUUUAAAAGAGAUUUUUUUGAAUGCAUCAAUGGUCAAUGCAUACCAAACAUUCAGAUGUGCAAUGGCAUAACGGACUGUGAAGAUGGUUCAGAUGAAAUAUUUGACAUCUGCCAUAAUAAGUUACAGCAUAGCCUUACAUGCUCCAAAUAUGAAUACAAAUGUAGCACAAAUGAUACCUGCAUUCCGAAAGCAAUGUUCUGUGAUACAAUAACGGAUUGCCCGGAUGGAAGCGAUGAAUACGACGGUUGCGUGAAAGAUUUGAUUUGCACCAAAAACAACUUUCGAUGUAAUGACGGACGUUGCAUAUUUCGAGAAUGGAUUUGCGAUGGCAGAAACGAUUGCCCCGAUGGCAGCGACGAGUUAAACUGCAGCAUAAAUAAUUGUAAAAUAGAAAAUUCUCAAUAUUUGUGUGAAAAUCAAUUAUGCAUACCUCUUAAAUUAGUAUGCAAUGGAAAGGAUGACUGUGGUGAUAAAUCAGACGAAAUCGAUUGUACAUCAUCUAGCUGCCCUAAAUCGAUAAAAUGCGAUCACGAAUGCACACUAACUUCUAAAGGAAAUAUAUGUUUCUGUAAGCCGGGUUAUAAAUUACAAAAUGAUAACCGCACUUGUAUAGAUAUCGACGAGUGUCAAACUUAUGGCAUAUGCGAUCAAGAAUGUGUGAAUUCUCCAGGAUCGUAUAGUUGCAAGUGUCAAACGGAUUAUUUUUUACAGGAGGACAAUAAAACCUGCAAAGCGAGUGGUCGUGCUAAAAUACUGUUUUCUACAAAAACCGAGAUUAUAGGGAUGUAUCUCACGGAAAAAAAUGACAUUGAAUUUUUCAAUAAAUUGACAUUCUCAAAUCACCUGAUCAGCAUUGCAGUAAACGAUGAGCACAUAUAUUUUUCAAAAUUGAUAGGUGUUAAUGAAGUCAUUUCAAAAAAUAUUCUUAUGUCAAAUAUGUAUGAAAACGUCGUGACAGCAGGCUUGUCAAGGAUAUCAGCGAUGGCCGUAGAUUGGAUUACAGAAAACCUAUAUUUUACGGACAAGAUUAACCAUAUCGGAAUUUGCAAAUUCAUCGGAAUAUACACAAAUUGUACUGUAUUAAUCGAUAAUAUUGAUCAACCAAUGGGAAUUGCUUUAUUACCAACUCGUGGGAAAAUGUAUUGGUGUGAUUGGAGUUCUAAUCCACAUAUAGCAGUGGCGGGAAUGGACGGCAAAAACAUCCGUGUAUUUGUCUCUGAAAAUAUAAAAGCGCCGAAAAGUUUAACUAUUGAUUAUCAAACCGAUCGAUUAUAUUGGGUGGAUUUCAAAUUAAGGACAAUCGAAUCAAUACGUUUAGACGGAACUGAUCGAAGAUUUGUACUACAUAAUAUAACAUACAAUCCAUUCACAUUGGCGAUCUUCGAAAAUAAAUUGUAUUGGAUCGACAUGAAAUCCAAUGCGAUACAGUCAUGCAAUAAAUUUACUGGAAAGGAUCGGAAUAUCUUAUUUCGAAGUUUACGUCAUCCUUAUAAUUUGCAUAUCGAACAUCCAGCGCUGAAGCCUAAAAUUAACAAUCCAUGUCUUUCCAAUCCGUGUUCCGAAUUAUGCAUGCUAAAUCAGGAGAACGGAUACUCGUGCGCUUGUACUAUGGAUAAGGAAUUAAACAUCGACAAUCAUACUUGUCAAGAGGUGACAAAGAAGCAGCAUUUGCUGAUAACUAAUGGAUACAGUCUUGUAGACUAUUAUGAAUGAAUAAUGCCGAAAGUGAAAAAUGUAACACACAAAUCACUUACAAAUCUUGGAUAUUUAAUAGAUAUGGCACCUGAUCCGAUCACUGGUCAAAUAUUUAUAUUACACUCAAACCCAGUAGCUAUCAAGCGCUUCGAUCCUGUCAAUAAUAUCUUUGAAAACAUCAUAUCAAUGAAUAAAUCAGAUGAGUAUAGUGGGAUAGCUUUUGAUUAUAUUCGUAAUAACUUAUAUAUACUAAACGAACAUAACAGAUCAAUUGAGGUAUACAAUAUAAAAACCUUGGCAAUGACGAUUUUUUAUUUUAAUAAUGAUGUUCCUAAUUCUAUUACAUUGGUGCCUGAAGAAAGCAAGAUGUACGUAGCGUUCCAGAAAAAAUUUUCUCUAAAAAAAAUGAAAUAUUUUGUAUAUGAAAUGCAAAUGAAUGGAUUAGGUAAAAGAAAACUGCUUAUGGAAGGUACUUAUUUCAAAGGUUUAAGAAUAUUAAUGUGUUACCAUAAAGACAGUAAAACACUCUUUGUGAAUGAUGAAUGGUCUCAUAGUAUCUUGUUGCACUCGGCUGAAGGCACACGUAAAUUCCGUACUAAUGUAAAAAAGCCUUUAAGUCUUACUAUCAUGGGCAACAAUAUCUAUUGGACUGAAAGGAAAUCACAGGAAUUAUACUCGACAAAUAUUAAAAACACUUUUGAUCUGAACCAUAAGAAUAUAAUUAGUUUGGGUAUUACCCUAAAAAUUUCGUUUAUAGUAACUUUGAGUAAAGAUACUAAACCUGAUCACGAUUGUCAGAAAAAUAAUGGAAAUUGCUCACAUGUGUGUUUACCUUCUUCUAAUACUUCUAAUACUUUUAUAUGUGCUUGCCCUCCUGGAAUAGGGCUCUCAUAUGACAAUCGUACUUGCAUUAUGCAUGAAUGUCUUGCAAAUGAAUUUAAGUGCAGCGAACACAAUAUCUGCAUAUCAAAGAAAAAUGUGUGUGACGGUAUUGCACAUUGUCCGAAUGGUGAAGACGAGACGAUGGACUGCUAUGAAAAGAAGAAAUGUAAGGAAGAUCACUUUACAUGUGCAAACGGCGAGUGUAUUGAUAAAGAAAAUCGUUGUAAUGGGUAUUACGAUUGCAUUGAUCAAUCGGAUGAAAAGAAUUGCAAAAGACCGAAAUGCGGAGAAGAUGCAUUUCAAUGUCAUGACGGAUUCAUCUUUUGCAUAUCGAAGACGUUUGUAUGUGACAAGAUAUCUAAUUGUGAAGAUGGAUCGGAUGAAACACAUGAGGUAUGUGAAUCAACACAAUGUUUAGACGGACAAUUUCGAUGUAACAAUGCUUAUUGUAUAUCUACUUCACUGGUGUGCGACGGCUUCUAUGAUUGCCUUGAUAAAAGCGAUGAAACAUUAUGCCCACAUUCUUUAGAUACUUGCAGCAAAAACGAGUAUCAAUGUUUCGACACUAAUUUGUGUCUUCCUAAGCAAGUAAGAUGUAAUGGCAUAGAUGAUUGUCCGAAAUAUGAUGACGAGUAUGGCUGUGAAGUGUGUUCGAACGAUGAAUUUAGUUGUGAUGGAACAAAGUGCAUUCCGAAGAGUUGGGUAUGCGACAAAAAGACUGAUUGCGACGACCUUUCAGAUGAGAAAGAUUGUGUCAAUGGUGAAAAAACCAUCAUGGAAUAUACCAAAUGUCAUGAAUUCAAAUGUUCUAUCGGCACUUGUGUGCCAUACUCGAAAGUUUGCGACGGUAUUCGAGACUGCCCAGACGGCAGCGAUGAAAAUGGAAAGUGCCAGACCGCUUGUUCAAUAAACAAUCAUUGUGAAAAUCUAUGUUACAAGACACCAAGAGGCGAUGUUUGCGAUUGUCCAGAUGGAUAUCGUUUAGUUAAUGCGACUUCUUGCGAGGACAUAAACGAAUGCGAAAACGACAUUUGCUCGCAAUUUUGUCGAAAUACAAUAGGUUCUUUCGAAUGUUUUUGUGACGACCAUCAUGAUAUCGAUACCGAUAACGGAGUUUCUUGCAAAGCUAUCGGACCACCAAUGGAAUUCAUCACCAUUACUGAUAAUGAUAUUAGAAAAAUAUCAUCUAAUUUACAUUCGAUUGAUGUGAUUUAUUCAUUAUUGGAUAUCAAUAUAAACGGAUUCGACGUGAACGCAAUUCAUGAUUCUGUCUAUUGGAGUAACAGUGAAUUCGGCACUAUUAAGAAACUCAAAAUUAGAACGAAGGAAGUAUUCACAAUUACUACGGAGCAUCCGCAGGCAUUCGCGAUUGAUUGGAUCACUGAUAAUGUCUAUGUCAAUGAUAAUGGUCAUUCGAAUACGAUUCAGGUGUGCAAUUUCGAGAAACAAAGAUGUGCGCCUCUGGUGAAGAUAGAAGAUAGGGCAAAAGUAGGAUCCCUUUUAAUUAAUUCGAUUAAGAGAUGGCUAUUUUGGUCUCAAAUAACUUUGCAAAUGGACAAACCAUUUAGCAAAAUAUGUCGGACAGAUAUGAUGGGCAGCGAUAUAAAAAUUAUUGAUUCUGAUAUAGGCUUUGUGAGUGGGAUGACAAUCGAUUACGUAAAAUCUAAAUUAUAUUGGUUGGAUAGUUUUAAUAAUGCUAUCAAAUUAUCUAAUUUAGAUGGAAGCCAACGCAGCACGUUUUUAAGAAUGAGUAUGCAUCAUCCGUUAAGCAUUAAUAUUUAUGAACAAUCACUUUAUUGGUUGACGGGUAUAAACGGUAAAGUGCGACGUUGUAAAUUGUAUGGUAACAAAUUAUGUGAAACUUUAGAUAUAAACACAAAUAAUAUUCAUAGACAGUUUGCUAUUCUUCAUAUUUCCAGGCAACCUUUGGAUUGGUAUCAUAAAGGUAAUCCUUGUAAUGAAGAGUUUUGCGACUAUAUGUGUAUUUUGAAAGAAAGUGUAACAUGUAUUUGUUCAGAUGGUAAACCGAUAAAAUCCAAUACAACUUGUAUGAGAAAUAGUAAACCAUUAAUUAGAAAUAUACAACAUACAAGUAUUUAUAUUGUAACAAUAAUUAUAUUACUAAUUGCUGUUUUAUUAUUAUGCGUUUACAACUGCUAUCAGAGAAGUGGAUUCCAGUGGAAACUAGCAGAUAACUUAAACAUUCGCCGCAUUCGUUUUCAAAAUCCGUUAUAUAAUCAAAGAGAUGAGAUUGAGUUAAUAUUCGAUUCGACAAUUAAAGACAUGUCUUCUGAACAGCAUGAACAUGUCAGUCCUCCUGAUGAAUUUGCUGCGAUGGAAAGUAAUGGAAGAAACAAAUAGAAAUCAUGUGCUCGGAGGUGAGAGAUGUUGAAGAGACAGAGAAGCUAGACUCGUGCUAACUCGUUGUUUUUCUUUCAUACAUUCAAAAUAAUUUAACUACAAUAAUA